AUGGCCACGGCCGCUGUUAUCCUACCCGCCGCGGCACCGCCGCCGCCGUCGUCACCGCCCUUUGCUGCGCUCUUUGGCGAGCCGCUGCCACCGAGACGAAGAGAGCCGCAGUCGUCGCGCCGACUGCGAAGGCCGCAUCAGCAGCGCGCAGACAUAAACUCCAUCCCCAGCCUCGAAGAGCUGCAAUGGCGCCUCGAUCAGGUGUUCAGCUCCCUAGCCACGGCGCUCGCGCAGCAGCAGCAGCAGCAGCAGCAGCAGCAGCAGGAGGAGGAGGACUCAACGAUGGCGACGAGCUGGCGCGAGGACGAGCCGACCUCCGAGGGGCGCGGAACGGCUGCGCGUGACGGGCAGUUUCUUCUUCCCUCGCCCCCUCCAGCCUACGAUGACACGCUCGACGACGCGCCGCCCGAUUACACUUCGACCGACGCGCUGGCCACCGCCGCACAGAUCGCCGAGGUGACCGCCGCUGCCCCCCCUCCACCGCUUCCGCCGUACGGGCCCCCCAGCGCCCCUCUGCACCCGUUGUCGAUCGAGUUGCUCGAGAAGGAAGGAUGUCGUCGUCUCGGUGCGCCGAGGGUCGACUGGUCGAAGGUGGACAACGUGCGCGAGCACAAGAAGAAGAAGAAGCCGGCGCACAAGACGCAGGUGGCCUCCUGGGCGCAAAGCGACGACGAGGGCGACAAGAAGAAGGACGAAGGCGGCGGGGACAACGACGGCGGAGGCGGAAACGAAGGCGGCGGAGAUGCGGGAGGAGGUGGCGGGGGCGACGACAAUGGCAAUAACGGCGACGACGGAGACGACUGGAAUGAUGCCGGCGGCAAGAAGAACAAGAAGAAGAAGAAGGGCAAGAACGCCGCCGAUGAAGAGGAAGAGGAGAAGAGGGCUGAAGAAGAGGAAGAAGAGGCCGAGGCCGCCGCGGCGCCUGCUGCCACCGGCUCGGCGUUCGACGCUCUUAUGACAGAGCCUACGGAAGACGAUGCCCCAGAUGCGAAUCCAGACGAUGAAUGGGGAGGGUUCACGCCCGCCACCUCCAAGAAGAAGAAAAAGAAGGGCAAGAACGCUGACCCUGAACCCGUCCCUCCGCCACCUCCUCCCGCACCUGCUGCUCCUGACAAUGCUGCCGGCGGCAUGAACUUCGACAGCGUCGAUCUGGACGGGGGCGCAGAUGCCCCGAAGAUCGACCUCAGUUUUGGCGGUGCCGACCCCAAGGCCGGUUCUGGCUUUGGAGGCACAAGCUUCAACUGGGGCUCGACCAGUUGGGGAUUCUCGGCUCCGGACAAGAAAGACGACGCCGCUGCGGACGAGGCUGCGGACGCCAACAAUGCGUGGAACUUUGGUGGGGGCUCGAAGAAGACUGACGACGGCUUCAACUUCGGCUUCGGUGCGACAGAGGGGAAAAAGGAGGAAGACGACUGGGGCUGGGGCACGGCAACGACCAAGAAGGAUAAGAAAAAGAAGAAGGGAGGGUUUGACCUUCUUGACGACCAACCGCCGCCGCCGCCGCCGCCGCCGCCCGAGCCUCCUGCUGCCACCGAAGCUAUGGCGGACGACCUCUGGGGAUUCGGGAAGAAGGACAAGAAGAAGAAAAAGGGCAAAGCCGACGCUGAGCCCGAACCUGAGCCCGAACCUGAGCCUGAACCCGUCAUUGUUGUCCCCGAACCCGAGCCUGAAGUUGCAGCCCCUGCUGAAGUUGCACCGGAGGACGACUGGGGCGGAUGGGGAGCGGCCACUUCGAAGAAAGAUAAGAAAAAGAAGAAGGGCAAGAAUGUGGAUCCCGAGCCCGAGCCCAUCGUCGAAGUCCCGCCGCCGCCGCCGCCACCACCGCCGCCCGAGCCCAUGCCGGCUGCCGAAGACGAUUGGGGCGGAUGGGGAACGACUAGUUCGAAGAAGGACAAGAAGAAGAAGAAGGGCAAGGCCGAUCCCGAUCCACAGCCAGAGGAGCCCGCCGUUGUCAUUGUUCCUGAUGAUGAUAUUGCGGCGCCUUCUGCGGCGGCUGAGGUGGCGCCAGAAGACGAUUGGAGUGGUUGGGGAACCAAGAAGGACAAGAAAAAGAAGAAGGGAGCCACGGCUGUCGACGAUUUCCCAUCACCUCCUCCGCCGCCGCCAGUGGUAGUUGUUCCCGAGGCGGCGCCAGAGGAGAAUGAUUGGAGCUUUUCGUGGGGGAACAACUCAAAGGAUAAGAAAAAGAAAAAGAAAGGUGUGUUGGCAGCAAUCGAACCUCCCCCUCCUCCGCCCGUGCCCGAGCCACCUGCCGCCGAAGUCCAACAGCCAGACUCUGUUGAUGAACCGAAGGCUGAAGGUGACGAUGCUUGGGGCUGGGGAACUGGCAAGAAAGACAAGCCGAAGAAAGAGUCGCAGAAUGGUCCGGUUGAAGUUACUGGUGAUGACCCAACAGCGACUGUCCAGCAGCCCGACGGCAUCACCGAGGGCGGUGCCGCCGAGGACGUGGGAUGGGGCACCGGGUGGAGCACAGGCAAGAAGGACAAGAAAAAGAAGAAGGGCGCCGCCGGCAAGGCGGCGUUCGACUUCCCGCCGGCGCCUACUCCUCCUCCAGAGGAAGCGAUGCCCUUGGCAAUCGAAGCCCCGCCUCCGCCUCCCCCUCCCGCACCCCUCGCGAUCGAGGCACCGCCUGCGGUCGAUGAUUCCGCGUGGGCUACUGCGACCACGGGCAAGAAAGGGAAAAAGGGCAAGAAGAGUAAGCUGACUGAAGAAGGCACCGCACAAUCGCCACCCCCCGUAGAAAUCGUCAACUUCGAGGCCGAGGGCCACCCCGACGACAUCAUGGAGAUCAUCGACGAAGGCGCACCGCCCGGGGACGAGGGCCAUCCCGACGACAUCGUCCAGAUCAUCGACGAAGGCGCGCCGCCCGAGGACGAGGGCCAUCCUGACGAUAUAGUGCAGAUCAUCGACGAAGCCGCGCCGCCCGAACCCGAACCCGAGCCCGAAAAGAAAGAGAAGAAGGAGGCGAAGAGCUCUUCGGGAUGGGGCAGUCUGUGGGGCUCGGGCUCGAGCGCCACGGACAAGAAGAAGACCAAGAAGGAGCUGGAGAAGGAGAAGAAAGAGAAGGAAAAGCAGGAGAAGAAGGAGGCCAAGGAAGCCAGGGAGCGGGAGGAAAAGGAGCGACUCGAGAAGGAGGAAGCCGAGCGUGCUGCGGCGCAGGAGGCUGAGGAGCUCGCCGCUGCCGAGGCUGAAGCUGAAGCUGCCGCGAAAGCUGCGGAGGAGGCUGAAGCUGAAGCUGCUGCAAAAGCUGCGGAAGAGGCUGAGGCUGCUGCGAAAGCUGCGGAGCCGGAUCCAAAUGAAAUCGUCGAGAUCGUGGACGAGGCGCCACCGUCCAAGAAGGACAAGAAGAAAAAGAAGAAGGGCAAGGCUGUUGAAGAAGCGCCUCCUCCGCCUCCUCCACCACCCCCUCCACCUGAAGAGCCACUCCCGGAGCCCGAACCUGAGCCUGUGCCUGAGGCAUUGCCCGAGCCCGAGAUCGUUCCCGACCCCACACCCGCGGCAACAAGCACGUGGGGUGGCUUUUGGGGCGUCUCACUCAAGAAAACCAAAAGCCCGGUCGCAAAGGACCUCGUGGAACACAACGCUAUCCCGCAUGAGGAAGCGGCAGCUGACCCCGCGGUUGUCGAGGCUGAGAUCCCACCACCGCUGCGUGAGCCGUCGCCUCCGCCCUCUGGAAAAUUGAAAAAGACGAAGAAGGGCGGAAAAGUGAGCGAUCGCCUCAAGGCGUUCGAAGCGCUCGAGGAGCCGCAGUCUCCGCCCCCCGUACCCGAUUUUCCUGUCGAGCCUGAGCCACCAGUCGUCGUCGAACAGCCCGAACCCGAAGUGUUGCCUGUUGACGCGCCUGCGGAGGAGGUUGCGCCACCACCGCCGCCACCUGUCGAGAUCGUCGAACCCGCGCCCUCUUCUCAUAAAAAGUCUUCCAAGGACAAAAAGGCGGACAAGAAAUCUUCGAAGUCGAAGAAGAGCAGCAGCAAAGAAAAAGAACCCGAGCCUGCACCUCCGCCUAUUCCUGAACCUGUGGUGGUCCCGGAGCCUGACCCUGUCGUCCACGUUCCUGACGUUCACUCGCCAGUCCCCGGCAGCUUCCCUGAAGACGACGACGAACCACUGUUUGAGCUUGUGUCUCCACCGCCUCCUCCCCCUCCACCACCUGCGCCUGUUGAACCCGAGCCAGCGCCUGUUGUAGAGGAGUUGCCGCCGCCGCCGCCACCACCACCGAGCGAGAAGAAGAGUAGCAAAAAGGAUAAGGACAAGGACAAGAAGAAGAGCAAAAGCAAAAGCAGCGCGGCGAGGCCGAGCUUCUUCGGGGAGAUCGUCAAUAUGGAUGCGCCAGAGCCUCCGCCGAUGCCCGAGCCUCCGAUGCCCGAACCACCUUCUAUGCCUGAAGAACCUAUGCCCGAAGCGCCUAUGCCCGAACCUCCACUUGUCGAUAUCGUGCCCAAUGCGCCGCCGGGUGAUGAGCCUAUACAACCUCCUACUCCUCCGCCGGAACCCGCUGCACCUGAACCUCGAAAGGAGCGCCCGAAGGUCGUGCGUGACAAGAACGGUGCGAGCGCUUGGGGGUUCUGGGGCGUAGCACCAACAGCCAAAGAUACACACAAGAAGACACGCGACAAUGGUACAAAGGAGAGACCUGGACUGGUGCGGUCCAAGUCUGAGCGACACUCGUCCCGGCGCGAUCGCGAGAAGGAUAGAGAGCGGGACGAAGGCAAAGACUCGAAAUCAUCUGGCUCAGGCGAGCACGUUUCGAAGACACCCUCGAGGCCGCGGCCACCGCGCGGCUCAAGUUUCGGUGGACUAUUCGGUAUGGCUGCUGCGCCGCCUUCGAGAUCGAAGUCGAUGCGCGACCCCAGGACACCCAAGUCGCAUUCGCGUCAUCCUUCGGUCGAAAGGGAUGGUGGGUUGAUGUCGCCACCGUCCGAAGAUGACGCGGGCCAUUUCUCAUCAAAGGCCGCUAAGCUUAUGGGCAUGGAUACGGGUGAGCGAGGGCGUGACAGAACUACUCGACGUCACACCACGAGGGAGCACCGCAAAGCAAGAGCAGCGCCCGAUCCUUACCCCAUCGAUGACGAUGACUUGGUCAUGGUGGAGGGAGCGGACGCUCCAGCUCCCGGGUCUGAUCCAUCAAGACGGCGCAAGUACAAGUCGCGCAGCGUUGACCCUGCAAUGGACGAAGAUCCAGUCAUUGUGGACGCUGCCGCCGCCGUCCCUGACGAGGCGCCCGAGGUCGUGACUGGUCCUGAUGACAUGGCGUUCGUAGAGAAACCAAGGCGCUCGGGGACCAGACGCGAGAGACGCGAGCAUCCCGAAAGCCCGCCGAAGAAGACGGGACUCAUGGGCAUGUUCGGACUCGGCUCGAAGAAGAAAGACGUCGCUUCCGACUUCGAAGAACGCCGUCACCGCAGCGCCCGCACCGGCGACGAGGAGCGCAGGCGCAAGCGAUCUUCGGCGCGCAACGCGGACGAAGACUACGCAAAGCGCCUGCGUCGGGAAAGCCGCAAAAUCCGCUCACGCCACCCGUCCGACGACGGCGCUCCAGACCCCCCGGCCGACGCGAUCGUCGACGACGCCAUGCCGCCGAUGAACGGCACUCCCCCCAUCGACGCCGAAGACGCAGAGCGCGAGGCCAGGAGGGCGGAGAGACGCGCCAAGCGGGCGGAGCGCGAGGCCCGCGACAUCGAAGAAGAGGAGGCCAAGGCGGCGCGUCGUCGCGAACGCAAACGCGCCGGAGACAAGCACGAGGAGCGCAAGCUCCGCGAGCGCGACGCCAAGGCCAACCGCCUGCGGGAAGAGCGCGAGCGCGAGGAGAGAAAGGCCGAGGAGAAGCGCCAGCGCCGUGCCGAGAGGGAGGCGCGCAAGGCCGCGGAGGAGCAGGACCUCGAGGCCAAGGAAGCCGAGCGUGCCGAACGUCGUGCGCGCCGCCGGGAGCGUGGGCGCGAGAGAGAUGCUGGUGGUGGUGACGUUGAGCCGCCGCCGCCUCGUCGCCACAGCUCCCACCAUCGCUCUCACAAGCCCACCGCCGCCGCCGGAGGCGGCGACGACGACUACGAGCGUCGCCGCAAACACGAGGAGCGCAAAGCCGCUCGCCGCGCCGGCGGCGGAAAACCGUCACGCUCGCGUGGUGAGCAGCCUCCUCCUCCUCAUCAUCCUCAUCCUCCACCCCCAGGCGCCGCUGACUUCGACCUGGACGAUCCGGCCGCUUCUCCCCUCCCUCCCCAUCCCCAUCCCGCUCCCCCUCCCCCUCCCCCUGCUGCCUACCCUUCGCACUCCAACCACGGCAGCGACAAGACGCGCUCCUGGGUCGACCAGAUCACGGCCGAGCCGCCGCUCCCGCCCCCCGUCGAAGGCACCAUCCUCGACCCGCCGGCGGACCCGGCAGCCGCCGCGGCCGCGCCGUUCAUCGACCCCGUCGAGGAAGAAGCGCGGAGGGAGCGCAGGAGCCGCGCGAAGCGGGACUCGAAGAUGAUGAUGAUGGCGGAUGACGACGGUGGCGAUAGGAGGGGGGGGAGGCGGCGGCGUGGCGGCGGGGAGAAGGAAGGGGUGAGGAGCAGUGAUGGGAGUGGCGAUGGUGAGCGUAGGAGGCGGAAGGCGCCGACGACGAAGGAGGGGGGGUUGUUUGGCGAGAGCGGCGACCCGUUGGCGGCGGGGAUGAGGACGUGGGACGGGCGGCCGGUGGAGAGGGAGAGGCCGAGGCAGGAGAGGAGGGGGAGCAGUUGGUUGAAGAAUUUGAAGACGGUGUUUUGA